UCGCCUCUGACCACUACUCCAUCCCUUUUUCCUUGAGGGUUUCAUUCCACUCUUUUCUGGUUGUGUCCGUGCUUGUUCUCAGAUUGCUGGGUCCCGUUGUUUUGCGUUCCCAGGCAGAAACAGUGACCCAGAGGCUGACAAGAACUGAGCUUGAGACCUAGAUUGAAAUUGGUUCCAGACUGAGGUCCAGCAUCCAGGACCCAGACACAGGACCAUGGGACCUCAGCAUUUGAGCCCUGUGCAGCUGCUCUGUCUCCUAGGGGCCAUUUCUACUCUGCCUCGGGCUGGAGCUCUUUUGUGUUAUGAAGCAACAUCUUCACUCUUCAGAGCUGUUGGUCUCCAUAACUGGCAAUGGCUUCUGAUGAGGAGCAUGGUGUGUAAACUGAAUGAGGGCUGUGAGGAGACGCUGGUGUUCAUCGAGACAGGGACCAAAAGGGGAAUUGUGGGUUUUAAAGGCUGCAGCCCAGCUUCAUCUUACCCCCCGCAAGUCUCCUACCUCGUUUCACCGCCCGGAUUGUCCAUUGCCUCCUAUAGCCGCGUCUGCCGGACAUACCUCUGCAAUAACCUCACCAACAUGGAUCAUUUUGUGAAACUCAAGGCCAAGGCUCCUAAGACUGUAGCAUCUUCUUCCCAUAGUUGCCCAACCUGUGUGGGCGAGCACUCUAAGGACUGCCUCCCAAGUUUUGUCACCACCGAGGCUUGCCCCGACAAUGCCACUGAGUGUUACAGUUCCACCUUAAAAUUUCAGGCAGGGGCUCUCAAUACCACCUUCCUCCUCAUGGGCUGUGCUCGUGAAUACACCGAUAUUUUAGCCCACUUUCACCAUAUUGGCAGCAUCAGAGUGACUGAGGUCAUCAACAUCUUAGAGAAGGCCCAGUUUGCUGGUGCAGAGCCCUCUAGUGGGAGACCUGCUCGGGGCAUCCUCUUAGGCCUCCUGUUUGCCUUCAGGGACUGACGAUCUAGCUGGACCAAACACCCCUAUCCCUUCACAUAGCGAAAUAAAGUUACAGAGUUGC